UGCUAGGUUACGGCGACUCCAAUACUUGCGCUGCACAGACAGAAACACUCUGUGGGUCAGGACGGCCACGAGUUUAUAAGAAAAUAAAAAGUGAAUCAAAACAAAAGCCAGCCCCCAAGACAGCGGGUGAACUCGAACUUUCCUCGGCCCGGAGUCUCCUUCUGUAAGCAGUCGCGUCUCGUUGGACAUGCCGAUGACCCUGCGAGCUGACGGGCUUCAGCCCCCUCUUCACGAGCAAAUAUCAGAGCUGCAGCGAAAGAUCCAACUUCUGGAGGGAGAUAAGAAGGCGUACUAUGAGAGCUCCCAGCUGACCAUCAAGAAGAACAAGGAAUGCAUCCAACGGCUCAGAGAAGAGAACAAAAGGCUCCACAAGCAAUUGGCUGAAACACUGGCGGGGGAUGAACGAGUGAUUAACGAUGCCUUUCAAAAUCGACAAGUGGAAAAAGCCGCCAUGAGAAAUAAAACUGGAAAAGCAGCCAUUCAGGUCAUGGAUCACAAGGUAUGCGAUAAGAUCAAGCGGCUGAACGCCAUGAAGCACUACACGGAUACUCGCAAGCGCCGCCUAGAGGAGCUAAAGCUACAGCACACCCAGGACGAGCAGAAAAAGCAGGCCGUGCAGGAAGCCAAUGAGCAGGAAUCAGAAGAGGCCGUGAACCUCCGUAUUCUUGAGAAUCGACUUGAAAAGACGCAGCUGAAAUGCCAGGAGGCUGAGCAUGUCAUGAAGGUUUACCUGAAGCUGAAGGAUCACCUGCAGGAGGAGAGCUUGACCUUUCAGAAUCAGCUGGAUGGCUUGGAGACUGAGAUCAUGAGACAAAGUCAGGAGCUGAAAGAGCUGCAGACCAUGAGCAAUGACGCACAGCUCGCCAAGGAGGCAGCCAAGACAGAGCUCCAGCAUCAGGAGGAGAUGCUCUUCAGGGAGCGGCGGGAGAGGGAGCAGAUCCUAGCUGAGUACAAGAGGCUGGCUGAGGAGCGGAGAGCUCACGCUGAACGUGUGGAGAGACGGGUGCAGCGGGCUGCAAUGCAGGGAGAUGACGGUGGUGCAGACACCCAGCGUGACAACCUUGGUGAGGUGGAGGAGGAGAAGACCAUCACCACAUUUGAGGAAGCCUUCCAGAGAAUUAAAGAGGCUACAGGCGUCACUGAUACCCAGGAAGUGGUCCAGCGGUUCAUCUCACAAGGAGAUACUCAGAAGCACCUGGAGCUCAUCAAAAGCGAGAAUGAGAAGACACUGGUGCGCCUCAAGGAGGAACGGGAGCGGCUGCAGGCAGAGUUCCAGGAGAUGAAAUACUCGGGAGAGGCCAAACUGUCCAGAGGCCAACAGAUGUUGGAAGAGCUCGCUGCCCACCUGCAAGCCGAAGAAAAGCGUCGUGAUGAUGGCAAGGAAAAUGUGGAGAAGCUGACGCGCAUCCUGAGCAAUGUGCGGGCCGGCAUCGAGCACCUGGCCGAUAAAAUGCAGCACGUCAAGAUUCCAAGGAGUCAUCUACCGACAGUCCAGCUGCCCCCUUCCUCUGAGGAGUACGUCCUGGACCUCCUGUCGAUCUCAGAGCAAAAGCUGCUGCAGCUGAUGGAGGAGCUUCAGGGCAAAGACCUGGCGGUGGUCUUGAAGGAAAUGGAAGAAGAGGAGUUCCAUGCAAGUAUUGAAGGGAAACUGCCAGCUUCCAACAUGAGGAUCAAGCUGCCAGAGGCCCAGAAGCAAGAUCUCUAUGACGAAGAUGAUGAGAGUGAUGAUGAUGAAACUGAUGUGAUCACCCGCAGUACGCUGAAGCAGCAGUCUCAGCAGAUCAUUGACUCUCGGACUAAGAGGAAGACCCGAACCAAGAAGAAGAAGGGCAAGCAGUAGAGCUGCCAUAUGAUAGGAUUGAUGGAAAAAUGACAGAGAGCAGUCAAAGUGAAAUGAACCUCAGGGGUUCAUAGAGUUUUCAUAGAGUUCAGAUAAUGAGCCGUAAUGGUGAUUGACAAUAGAAAAAUGAAAAAAGAGAACUGAUAAGAGUUUGAGUUUUAAUUUAUAAAGUUACAGUAACCUUUCAGGUUUUAUUUUAAAAAUGUCCAUGUAAUCAGGUUAUGUAUUUAUCUCUCUUAUAUAGAAAGAUGCAAAAGGCACUAAAUAUUGUAUGUAGUGCCU